AUGGAUUUGCUGGGUUACCAGCUGGAGAGUUCUUGCUAUGGAAUUGUCCAGGUUCCUACCGGACCCUGGUUCUGUCGGAAAUGUGAAUCUCAAGAGCGAGCCGCCAGGGUGAGAUGUGAACUGUGUCCCCACAAAGAUGGAGCCCUGAAACGGACCGACAACGGAGGGUGGGCCCAUGUCGUCUGUGCGUUGUACAUCCCAGAGGUGCAGUUUGCCAACGUGCUCACCAUGGAGCCAAUAGUCCUGCAGUAUGUGCCCCACGACCGCUUCAACAAGACCUGCUACAUCUGUGAAGAGCAGGGCAGGGAGAGCAAAGCAGCCUCUGGAGCGUGUAUGGCCUGUAAUCGGCAUGGCUGCCGGCAAGCUUUCCAUGUCACCUGUGCCCAGAUGGCUGGCCUCUUAUGUGAAGAGGAAGUCCUAGAAGUCGACAAUGUCAAAUAUUGCGGCUAUUGCAAGUACCACUUCAAUAAAAUGAAGACUUCACGUCACUCUGGAGGUAGCUCCUUCAUUGCUGGAAGGAGGAGUCGGUCCACGUCCCCUGCUCAAGAGAAGCACGUGUCCCACCACGAAAGGCCAAAGAAGAGUCGGAAAGACAAGGAAAGACCUAAACAGAAGCACAAAAAACGUCCGGAGUCUCCCACCAGCCUUACCCCAUCCUCGGUGCCCGUGGCUGCAGAGAAGGUACCCAACCCGCAGCAUGGCUCCACUAGCCACCAUGAGGGGAGCAAGGAGACCUCGGAGGUCGGCAGGUCGGAGGUGAAAGGCAAGAAGUCCUCGAGCCAUGGCAGCAGCCACAAGGGGAAGAAGACGGGGAGCGGGAAGAGCUCGGUUGGUUUCAGCUCGGCUUCAUCCAGCGGGACCUUCCAGCCGGCAGGGACCUCCUGCAGCAACUUGCAGUGCUCCCAGGACUUUGUGACGUUCCCCAAGCUCGAGCAGGACGACGAGAAGUACCGGAAGCCUGUCUCUUCCUCCUCUUCUUCCCACUGCUCCCCUCUCUACGAAGGCCAGAAGGGGGACGUCUUUGAGCAGAAGGUGAUCUUCUCCGGCUUUGGGUCCAUCAUGCGCUUCUCCACCUCCGCGGUGAGCCAGCAGAGAGGCCGUGAUGCUUCCCCUGUGGACUAUAAAGCCUCAAACCCCGUCAGUGGCCCCGCGGUGGGGACCAGUGGGACCAGUGGGAGCAGCAGCAGCAGCAGCCACAAGCGCAUGCCAUCCCUCAGCAUGGAGGAGGGAGAGGUGCUGAAGGAAAAGAAGCACAAGGGUAGCAAGAAGAACAAGCACGGGCCUGGCAGGCCAAAAGGGGGCAAAAGCAAAGAGAUUUUGGGGGGCAAAAGCAAAGAGAUUUUGGGUGCCCAGCUGGCUGGGUCCACAUCUACUUCCUCGUCACCCUUCUCCGGGGGCUCUCUCGUUAGCUCCAGCAUCGGCAACUCUUCCCGGUCCUUCAGCCACACGGGGAAUCUGCCCAGCCUCAGCAUGGAGUCCCCGCUGCUGGGCUCAGGGAUCUACACCAGUAACAAGGACCCUAUUUCCCACGGGGGCGGAGUGCUCAGAGCUGUCUGCAGCACACCCCUCUCCUCCAGCCUGCUGGCACACCAGGGCACUUCGUCUCUCCCACAGCUCAACCGGUCUCCCUUUGCUAGCACCAUCCCAGCUUCCUCCUCCUCCGUCUCCACCACGCAGGUGUUCUCGCUGGCAGGUUCAACAUUCAGCCUCCCUUCCUCACACAUUUUUGGAAGCCCCCUCGCAUCUGGGCUAUCGAUCAACCCGCUCUUAAAUCAGUCGGAAAGCAGCCGGGCAGAGCCCGACCUGGAAGACUGCAGUUUUGGCUGCCGAGGGACGUCGCCCCAGGAGAGUCUCUCUUCCAUGUCCCCCAUCAGCAGCCUGCCCACCCUCUUCGACCAGACGGUGUCCUGUAGCAGCAGCGGGCAGCUGGACAAUGUCCCCCAGGCCACCCCGAACAUCGAGCAGCUCCUGGAGAAACAGGGCAACGGGGAAGCCGGCGUAAACAUUGUAGAAAUGCUCAAAGCCCUGCACUCGCUGCAGAAGGAGAACCAGCGGCUCCAGGAGCAGAUCAUGACGCUGACGGCCAAGAAGGAGCGUUUGCAGCUCCUCAACGUCCAGCUCUCCGUCCCUUUCCCCGUGGUGACCAGCAGCAAUGGCCCAGGCAGCCAGGCCCAGUACAUCCUGCCUCCCAACGUCUGCAACAACGACUCCUUGAGCAUCAGCAAGAGCCCCCCGUGCAAGAACAGCUUCGGGAUCGAGAACUCGCUCUCCACUUCCUCCGAGGACCCUCAUUCAGGUUGCCCCAGCAGGAGCAGCUCUUCCCUGUCCUUCCACAGCACUCCUCCGCCCCUGCCCAUGCUGCAGCAGAGUCCUGCCUCGCUACCCCUGCCCGGGGUGCAGCAGGUGAAUGGCCUGGCCAGGGUGGCAGGCAGCGGGCUGGGGGGAGGCACCAGUGCCGGCCACAGCCUCUCCACGGUGCCCAUGGUGGACGGCCUGAUGGGGACCCUGGCAGGAGGCCAGCAGAUGCCCAUCAACGGGAUCCUGGGGAAUCUGAACGGAGCUCAGGCCGCCCAGCCUCCGAGCGCCCUGACGCAGGCGAGCGGGCCUCCGACCUUGCAGCUCUCCACCAGCCUGAGCAGCGUGCCCAGCCUGAGUCCCCUGACAGAGCAGCAGCGGCACGUCUUGCACCAACACGAACAGCAGCUCCAGCAGCUCCAGCAGCUCCUGACUUCCCAGCCGCUUAAUCCGGAGCAGCAGGCCCUGGUGUUCCAGAUGAUGCAGCAAAUCCAGCAGAAGAGGGAGCUGCAGCGGCUGCAGAUGACGAGCUCGUCCCAGCUCUCCAUGACCAGCCUCCUGGCAGCCACCUCAGCCCCCCUGCACUCCAGCACCAGCGCCCUGAUGACCUCGGCCCCCCCGCCGCCCCCCAGCAGCAGCUCUCUCAUGGCCUCCCUCUCCCCCCAGCAGCUCAACCCUACCAAUGCCCUCCUGGCCCCACAGGCCACCCCACCGCUCAACGCUCCCGGCAACAGCCUCCUGGCUUCGGGGACAGGCAUCCCACCCGUCCUCACGGCACAGACUAACCCCUUCCUCAACCUGCAGGCUGAUGGCAACACCCCGAAAGGAACGAGCAUGAAUGAAAAGGGAGCUCCUCUUACCCAGGACAAGGGCUAAGCUCCCCCCCUCACCCCGAACAAACCAGCAGCCAACUCCUCUCAGCCAGGGGAAUGUGGCUUCCCACAGUUCAACCUUGAUACUGUUAGAGCAAUGAGCACAAAGGCUUCCGAGAAGCAUUUCCUGCCGCUGGGCAAUGCCAAGAGGUGCUUUGGAAGACACUACGUCUCUGACCGAGCCCUGGGAUCGGGAGGAACGAAGCUGGGGGGAUGCUCCCUGCCACCCUGCCCCGGCCCACACGGGGCUCAGAGCGAAGCCGUGUUGCUGCGCGGAGCGGAGGAGAGAGAUGAACACCCGCUGCCGGGGGUGCGAGCGGGUGUUGGCGUGUGUGUAACCCCCCUCAUGCCAAGGAACUAGACACCAUCGAGCAUCCUUGGCCGAGACCUUGGUGGAGGGAGGCCUCCUUCCCUCGCGUGGGGCAGAGGAACCCGGCGGUGCCAGCGCUGGAUGUGACACAGCUGGGGAAGCAGGACGUGGUGGCUGCUGGUGCCUCCGUGGUCCAGAAGGGGAAGGUCAGAAGAAGGCCCAGAGCUGAGAUUUCUCACCUGCUUUUCAUCCGCUGGGCUCUCGGGAUGCUCUUCUCUCUGUAGCCAUCACACGAAGCCCCGAUGCCUCAGCUGGAGCCAAACCCAGCCUGAAAAGACACGAGCGGUGGAGCGAUGGGUACGGACCGGUGCUGGGGGAGGAGGGGAAGGCCACCUACUUCUUCAAAGGACAUUGUCACAUCUGCUCUGCCAGCAGCUGGACUUUUCACCUGAAAAAGCACACUCCUGCUCCUUGUGCUGUCUCUUUUUCCUUCCAAGAUUUCCAAAGGCUAAGAUUUCACCUUGCAGAAAGGGGCUGUAGCCAGUAUUACCCCUGUGGUAGCCAACUUCAGAAGGUGCAUUUGAACCUGGCAGCCGUUUCCCAGGCCAGAGACGGGGGAUAGAAACGUGUGUGGGGAGGAGAGAAUGCCCCAAAUCCGGUACCUUUUCUUUCUUACCCACCACAGAUCGCUCCAGUCUGGCAAAACCACGUUCUUCCACUGGUCUUGGGCACUUGAGCAAAGGGAUCUCCAAGCAAUGGGACAAUUACCAGUCUCCUGAGCCGGGACAUCGGACCCUUUCGUUGUUUUCCACCUUUUGACCUUAAUUCCAUCUCUCAGCCUGGAACCUCAGCGAAGAACUCGGCGUCCUCUGGGCUGGGAUGUGGUGGAUUGAUGGAAGGAGAGAUGGGGCAGCCCCCGGGGGAAGGGGGACAUCGACGUCAAACGUACAAACCCCCCCUUUUUCCUCCUGCCCUGGUUCAACCCAGAGCUCCUGGGGGCCAGGAGGAAGACUCCAGCUGAUAGAAACUCUGAGGGUCUUAAAAACGAAAACAAAAAGAUAAAAAAACCCCACGUUGUCAGACCUUAAUGGAUAUUUUUCAGCACAUUCCCACUGCCUCUAACUAGUUUGCACUAUUUGAAUUUGUCAGCAGUGGGUCUGUGCUGAUAGUACUAGAAAAGCUCGGUAUAGGCGAAAACUCAUCCGCUAAAUAUCUUUCUUCCUUUUUAUUUUAUUUUAUUUUAUUUUAUUUCUUCUGUUUGUUUGUUUGGAAGAUUGUCGCCACAAAGGUUGAAUAAGGCUAAAAGGAGAGAAAAUUACCUUUCUGAUCUCAGCCUCCGGUUCUGUGAACUGGGCAGAACACUGCUGUCUGCUCAGAAAUAUAUAUAUAUUAUAUAUAUAUAUAUAAUUUUUUUUUUUUUAUAAAGAAAAGCUAAUGUUUUAACAAGGUUAAGAUGCUAUUGGAAAGGUGGAGAUGGCAGCUAAAAGUGGAAAUGCAGGAAAAAGGUAUUUAAAAGUCUCCCUUCCUUGCGGUCCCUGGAGAGGAGCGGUGACGGGUGGCUCUGGCUGACACCUCCCUGUCCCCGGGGGAGUCACGGGGGGGCUGUGCCACCG